GAGGAUUGCCCAAUUCCUCGAAUUCCCAUUCAUGCUUGCUUUCCCCUCAGUCAAUAUCCACUUCGAUGAGACUAAGCAAGCAGUCGUUCAAAGCGCAUGCAUGCGAGGCACAAGGGCCUCGUUGUCGAUGAUUGGCCAACCCAUCACCCUCGCUGGCUAGGUGGGAGGCCUUAGUUGCAACAUAAAUAUGCCUCGUCCGCUUCGACCAGCAAUGGGCGUACUCUCACACUCGCAGCUUACGAAACCCAGGGUUCGAAAGUCAGGUCCGGGCGCGAAGCCCGUAGCAUGCCAUACACCACAUACAGACGUACCCGUGUCUGUUUGCUUUGGUAGAACCGCCCGGUCAAAACUCUGAGAAGCUGACAGAAGCCCCAUCCGCAGAGGGCGUCCUUUUUCCUGACCUCAUCCAUCGGAAAAAUUGCAGAGGUUGCCAUUGCGAUGGUUGGCCGAGUCUUGCCCCAGCGGCGGAAAGCAUGGCACUCCAAAGCCAGGACUGGAUGCAAAACCUGCAAAGCCCGCCAUCUGAAGUGCAGCGAGGAGAAACCACAGUGUCAACGUUGCAUCCGUGCAGGUAAAUCCUGUGGCGGUUAUGCGGACAACCCGAAGCCUUGGAUAUUUGACCCUUGGAGCGACCGUGCGGAUGGUCGUUGCGGGAGUCUAGCUGCGACGUUGUCUUCGGAAGAAUCUAUCUCCAUUGUGCCACUGUCCGACUGCGUGUUUACUUCGCCCUACACGACACGCGAAGCUCAGGCUGCCUUGGAAUUCUGGCUCCGGCUGACCACUCCAGAAGGUACCGACUGUCCAGGGGAUAUCAUCCGAAACACUCUCGGAUCUUAUGUUCCACAAGCUGCAUGGCAUCUGGACGUAGUAAGGCACAGUUUACUCUCUGCUGCAUCGACGGCACUAGUGCUUGAGGCUCGAGCUUCGAACAUGAGCCUCGAGCUCCAGUCAACCCUGUCGAAACAGUCGGUCAUUCAGAUGCAUCUAGCCAUACAAGCCAUCCUCAAGGAGAGGCAGCCGUCGUUGUCCACGGUACUCGCCGCAGUGAUGAUAGCUGUCGUAUGUGUCUGGACUGGGCGCUGGGAGGAAUACAGUCGGCACAUCUGCUACUGCCGGGACCUGGGUCGUGAAGUACGCGCGAGGGGCGAGUACGUUGAAGGAGACCUAACGACUUCCGUCGAAACCAUGUUCCAUGUUCUACAACCACUCCCACCAAUCUCGGCCAUGACGGGGAAAUCCCGAAUAAAGUACGCAGUCUCAGUCCUCGUCUCAGCCAAGACAUGGGUCGACGGUCUUCUCCCCAGACUUGAGCCGAUACCUACAUGUGAGCCAUUGAAGACUGCACUACGGGCCUACCGCACGAGGAUGAAGUGGACGCUGUGCCAGUGGCAGAGGGUCUACGGUCAGGGAGAAGAGCGAGCCAGCGCAAUCAGCGUCGCGGAGUCGCCCUUUGGUCCCGCGGUCGAGCAUAUGCAGCAGUAUAUGCAAGACGACAGCGACUUCAACUUGCCCUUGCUCACGACGCAGUUAACCCUCGGCUUUAAGACGACGCUCCUGUACGGGGCCAGCGGGGAUGCUCAGAGGAUGCGGGACACGGCCAUCGCUUGCCAUGCUCCGGUCCUGACAUUGGCUUCGCACCGCCCGUGAAGGGAGUGGUCGUUGUUAGCAAGUGCGGGACACUGCACCCUGCCUUCGAUCUCGAAGUGAUCACGCAAGGCUGUAAGAAAGGAAAAAAACUCAUAGUCUUACAAUGUUGCCAGCCACAAGAGCGCUAGUAUCUCCUCUGGAGAAUAUUCAUGUCAAAAAUAAUUCAACCAUG